AUGAACGGCUUCGUCCCCAAACGAACCAUCCAGAGGCAGCAGCAGCAGCAGCAGCAGCAGCAAAGACAAAUGAACGGCUUCGUCCCCAAACGAACCAUCCAGAGGCAGCAGCAGCAGCAGCAGCAGCAGCAGCAGCAGCAGCAGCAGCAACAGCAGCAGCAGCAGCAACAGCAUCAGCAACCGCCAAGACAUGUGCAAGAUCAUUUGAGUUUUAACGAUAGGACCCAAGAAACAAUAACCUCCACUUACACCGCAGCAUUCAAACCCCCGCCUGAGGGUUUUAUGCUGCUGCAGCAGCAGCAGCAGCAGCAGCAGCAGCAGCCGCUGCUGCAGCAGCAGCUGCGUGAUAUGCGCAUGUGCAGCGUUGCUGCUUGCAUCGUUGACGAGAAGCUCGGCCGCAUCUAA